AUGAAUUGCUGUGAGCAUCUGGCUGAGCUGUACUGUAAGCAGUGUCAUGGUCGCAAGUACGGCCCAAAGGGUAUUGGUUUCGGGCAAGGUGCUGGUGCACUGACCAUGGAUACUGGGGAACAUUUCGAACUGUGUAAUAAACUGUUGGAUUCAACGACAGUUGCUCCACAUGAAGCGGAACUGUACUGCAAGCAGUGCCAUGGGCGAAAAUUUGGUCCCAAAGGUGUUGGAUUCGGUUUGGGUGCUGGCGCUCUGACGAUGGACGAUGGCUCAAAAUUC